GAGAGAGCUCGACGGCGUCAUGGCGGAGGCCGGCUGUUGUGGGACCCGCGGCUGAAAUGCCUGCUGCCUUUUCCCUUUACUUGUGCUCGGGGAACACCAGCAAGUACUUCAGAUUUCAAACGGCGACGUUUCUGAGUUGGGACACGGGAGUUUAAAGGAGAACCAAACUUGGCUGAGUGUGAAGUUGGACUGUUUCUGAGAGGCUGCUCUCAACUGAGAGCGAGCUAGCUGGCUGCGGCUAGCUGCUAACGUUAGCUAGCCGACUGAAAUAAGAAAAAAAGGGGGACGGUGGGAGAGCGGGACCUGGCAGCGCGCUGGAGCCAGGCAGGUGAACUUCGCUGUUCAAGGCUGGAAGUUUGGGAUAUUUAAGAACAAAAUCAAACAUCGCAGCAAACAUUCUUGUUUUAAAGGCCCAAGCAUUUGAGCCACAGUCAUGGAUGGCCGCAGUGAAGAUGAAAGUGUGAGCAACAGUAGUGGAGAGUCCAGUAACUCUGAUGAUGAGUCUGGAUCUGGGUCCGGGUCGGGUUCUGGCUCCGGCUCCAGCUCCAGCAGCAGUAGCUCCAGCAGCAGCCAGUCAGGAAGCAGCGACUCAGGAAGUGGCUCAGACUCGGGCAGCCAAUCUGACUCUGAGUCUGAGAAAUCCAAGGGGAAGAAUGAUCAGGACAGCAACCCUGCCAAGAUUGAUACAUCAGAAUUUUGGAAGUCUAACCCAAGUAUCCUGGCAGUGCAGAGGUCAGCCAUGCUCAGGAAGCAGCAGCUCCAGCAGCAGCAGCAACGGCAACAGAGCUCCUCAAACAGUGACUCCGAUGAGGAGUCCUCCAGCAGUGAUGACUCAGACGAUGACUCGUCAAGGAAGAAAAAGAGUAAAGGGUCCUCAGACUCCGAUUCAGGGUCUGGCUCUGGGUCUGGUUCAGGGAGCGACUCUUCUGAUUCUUCAGCUGAGGAAGAGGAGAACAGUGAAGAGUCCGUUUCAGACUAUGAGCCCAGCCACAAAGUUAAAAGCAGAAAACCACCUAACAAGGCCAACGCCAGAAAUGGGAAAAAGAGCAAGGCUCCAAAAAAGAAAGCCUCAGGCUCUUCAUCAGAAGAUGAGGAUGACUAUAAGAAGGCUCUGGCAGGUCCUCGCCGGCAGGCCACGGUCAACGUGAGCUACAAAGAGGAUGAAGAGCUGAAGACAGACUCGGAUGAUCUGGUGGAAGUGUGUGGGGAGGAUGUGCCCCCACCUGAGGAGGACGAAUUUGAGACCCUGGAGAGAGUGAUGGCCAUGAGAAUAGGACGGAAAGGGGCUACUGGAGCCACUACCACAGUUUAUGCUGUUGAAGCUGAUGGGGACCCCAACGCCAACUUCAACCCAAACAAGCAGCCAGGAGAUGUGCAGUACCUUAUCAAAUGGAAGGGAUGGUCACACAUUCACAAUACGUGGGAGACUGAGGAGACACUGAAGCUCCAAAAUGUGAGGGGCAUGAAGAAACUGGACAACUUCAAAAAGAAGGAGCAGGAAAAAAAGAAGUGGCUCAAAACGGCUUCACCUGAAGAUGUGGAAUACCUUAACUGCCAGCAGGAACUCAUGGAUGACUUGCAUUCACAGUAUCAACUCGUGGAGAGGAUUAUUGGUCAUUCAAAUCAGAAGUCAGCAGCAGGCUACCCAGACUAUUUGUGCAAAUGGCAAGGGCUUCCUUACUCGGAAUGCAGCUGGGAAGAUGGGGCACUUAUUGCUAGGAAGUUCCAGAAGUGCAUAGAUGACUACAUGAGCCGGAACCAGUCCAAAACGAUCCCCUCCAGAGACUGCAAGGUUUUAAAGCAGAGGCCGCGGUUUAUGCCUAUGAAGAAACAGCCUCAUUAUAUUGGCGGAGAUGGACUUGAGCUUAGGGACUACCAGCUGGACGGCUUGAAUUGGAUGGCCCAUUCUUGGUGCAAGGGAAACAGCUGUAUUCUAGCGGAUGAGAUGGGCCUGGGGAAGACCAUUCAGACCAUCUCUUUUCUGAACUACUUGUUUCACGAGCACCAGCUCUAUGGACCUUUCCUGCUGGUAGUGCCAUUGUCCACCCUCACCUCCUGGCACAGGGAGAUAAACCUCUGGGCUCCACAGAUGAAUGUUGUUGUCUACCUGGGGGAUAUAAACAGUAGGACCAUGAUCCGAACUCAUGAAUGGAUGCAUCCGCAGACCAAGCGACUAAAGUUAAAUAUUCUCCUCACUACAUAUGAAAUUCUCCUGAAAGAUAAGUCUUUUCUGGGGAAUGUGAGCUGGGCUUUCAUUGGAGUCGACGAGGCGCACAGGCUGAAGAAUGACGAUUCACUUCUGUAUAAGACCAUGAUAGAGUUUAGGUCCAACCAUCGGCUCCUAAUCACAGGAACACCUCUCCAGAACUCUCUUAAAGAGCUGUGGUCUCUCCUCCACUUCAUCAUGCCAGAGAAGUUUCACUCGUGGGAGCUAUUUGAGGAAGAGCAUGGUAAGGGAAGAGACUCAGGCUACACCAGCCUGCACAAGGAGCUGGAGCCCUUCCUGCUGCGCAGGGUCAAGAAGGAUGUGGAGAAGUCACUGCCUGCCAAGGUGGAGCAGAUCCUCAGGGUGGAGAUGAGCGCCAUGCAGAAACAGUACUACAAGUGGAUCUUGACAAGAAACUACAAGGCCUUGAGUAAAGGCAUGAAAGGGAGCACAUCAGGGUUCCUCAAUAUCAUGAUGGAGCUGAAGAAGUGCUGUAACCACUGCUACCUCAUCAAACCGCCUGAGGACAAUGACUUCUACAACAAAGCAGAGGCCUUGCAGCAUUUGAUACGCAGUAGUGGGAAGCUGGUCCUGCUGGACAAGCUGCUGGUACGGUUGAAGGAACGUGGCCACCGUGUGCUCAUCUUUUCCCAGAUGGUCCGGAUGCUGGACAUCCUGGCUGAGUACCUGAAGAGCCGCCAAUUCCUGUUUCAGAGAUUGGAUGGUUCCAUUAAGGGCGAGAUGAGGAAGCAGGCUUUGGAUCAUUUCAACGCUGAAGGCUCUGAAGAUUUUUGUUUCCUUUUGUCCACGCGAGCGGGUGGUCUGGGUAUUAACCUGGCAUCUGCAGAUACUGUGGUUAUCUUUGACUCUGACUGGAAUCCCCAGAAUGACCUGCAGGCUCAGGCCAGAGCUCACAGGAUUGGGCAGAAACGACAGGUAAACAUCUACCGUCUGGUGACCAAGGGCUCUGUGGAGGAAGAUAUCAUUGAGAGAGCCAAGAAGAAGAUGGUGCUGGACCACCUUGUAAUUCAGAGAAUGGACACCACAGGAAAGACCGUCCUUCAUACUGGUGCUGCUCCCUCCAGUAGUUCAACCCCUUUCAACAAGGAGGAGCUGUCUGCUAUUCUGAAGUUUGGUGCUGAAGAACUCUUUAAGGAGCCAGAAGGGGAGGAGCAAGAGCCUCAGGAAAUGGAUAUUGAUGAAAUUCUGAAGAGAGCAGAAACCAGGGAAAAUGAUCCUGGCCCAUCCACUGUAGGAGAAGAACUUCUCUCUCAGUUCAAGGUGGCAAACUUCUCUAUGAUGGAGGAGGAGGAGAUUGACAUGGAUGCAGAUGGCAACCAGAAGAACUGGGACGACAUCAUCCCAGAAGAGCAGCGGCGGAGGAUGGAGGAGGAAGAGAGGCAGAAAGAGUUGGCAGAGAUUUACUUGCUUCCCCGCAUGAGGAACUGUGCCAAACAGAUAAGCUUUAAUGGUAAUGAGGGCAGACGAAGUCGGAACAGAAGAUACUCUGGCUCAGACAGUGACUCUGCGUCGGACAGAAAGCGGCCUAAGAAGCGAGGUAGACCUCGAACUAUUCCACGAGAGAAUAUUAAGGGCUUCAGUGAUGCUGAAAUACGGAGAUUUAUCAAGAGUUAUAAGAAGUUUGGUGGUCCUUUGGAAAGACUGGAUGCUAUUGCCCGGGACGCUGAGCUGGUGGAUAAAUCAGAGCAUGACUUGAGGCGAUUGGCAGAGACUGUUCACAAUGGCUGCCUAAAAACCCUGAGGGAAAACCCCUGUGGACCAGAGAAGACCUCAGGAGGCAGACGAGGCAAGGUGAAAGGACCCACUUUCAGGAUCUCAGGGGUUCAAGUCAAUGCUAAGCUAGUAAUCUCUCAUGAGGAGGAACUGGCUCCACUGCACAAGGCCAUUCCUGCAGACCCAGAGGAGAGGAAGAGGUACACACUUCCUUGCCAUGCUAAAGCAGCUCAUUUUGACAUUGAGUGGGGCAAAGAGGAUGACUCCAGCCUUCUUAUUGGGAUUUAUGAGUACGGCUAUGGGAGCUGGGAAAUGAUUAAGAUGGAUCCAGACCUCAACCUCACCCAUAAGCUCUUACCAGAUGAUCCUGAUAAGAAGCCACAGGCCAAACAGCUCCAGACACGAGCCGACUACCUCAUCAAAUUGCUCAGUAAGGACCUUGCGAAGAAGGAGGCCCAAAGGCAAACCGGCACGGCAAAUUCACGAAAGAGGAAGCCACGAGGGAAGAAGAACAAAGCUGUGAAACCGAAGAUGGACGAGGUGACCAACAGUCUGUCUUCUGCUGCACCCUCAGACAAAAGCUCAGAGGACGAAGACGAAAAAGAAGAAGAAAAGGAUGCACCCCCUGCCAAGCCAGCCCCAGGUAGAAAGGGACGGGCCUCUGAUCGAGUGGUAAAGGAGGAGGAAGAGGAAGAACUGGAGCCAGAAGCACAUGUCAAAGAGCCAGAGGAGAAGGAAACGAAAGAGAAGGAGGUAAAGAAAGAGAUCAAAAAGGAGAAAAAGGAGGAAGGCCGUGAGAGCAAAGAGAAAAAGGAGCCAAAGGAGAAAAAGGAGACCAAGCCUGUGGAGCCGGUGCACAAAGUGGAGGAGUCUAUUUCAGAGAAGACUCCGGAGCUGAAAGCUGAAGUCCGGGACAAGAAUAAGAAGGCUGACACUCCAGUCCACAUCACAGCAGGGGGAGAGACUGUUCCAGUCUCUGAGGAGUCCGAGGAACUUGACCAGAAGACUUUCAGUGUGUGUAAGGAGCGCAUGCGGCCGGUAAAGGCAGCUUUGAAGCAACUGGACCGUCCUGAGAAAGGUCUUUCAGAGCGUGAACAGCUGGAGCACACUCGCCAGUGCCUGAUCAAAAUCGGAGACCACAUCACAGACUGUGUAAAAGAAUACACCAACCCCGAACAGAUCAAACAGUGGAGAAAAAACCUUUGGAUAUUUGUUUCUAAAUUCACUGAAUUUGAUGCAAGAAAACUGCAUAAAUUGUAUAAACAUGCAAUCAAGAAAAGACAAGAAAACGCUCAGACAGCGGACCAGAACACUAGCACUGUAAAUACGCAAUCUUAUAAGCAUGCAGACAUUGAGAGGUUAAAGGACUCUCAGCAGGACGAGAGCAGCAGAGACAGCUACAGCUCAGACCGGCACCACUCAGCCUCACGGAGCCACGAGCAGAGCAAAGAGCGCCAGUCCAGCGAUUCGUACAGGAAGGGCUCUGACAGCAGAAAAAGGCCGUACCCCUCCUUCAGCAAUGGCAAAGACCACCGUGAGAGAGAACGAGACCACUACAGAGAGCGCCAGGACAGCAGGUACUACAGCGACAGCAAGCACAGGAAGCUAGACGAUCAUCGCUCCAGUCGAGAUCAUUGGUCAGACAGCAGUUCCAAGGACCGCCUGCACUCGGAGCAUCGAUCCCAGCCGGACCACCGCUCACACUCUGAGCAUCGAUCCAGCUCCGACUACAGCCACCACAAGCCCUCUCGGGACUACCGCUAUCACUCAGACUGGCAAAUGGAGCACCGGGCAUCAGGCAGCGGGCCUCGUUCUCCUAGAGACCAGCGGUCACCUUAUGACUCACGCUCACCCUUGGGCCACCGUUCGCCCUUCGAGUACUCCUCUGACCACAAGAGCACGCCCGAGCAGGUCUGGAGCAGUCGUAAGACAUAGCGCAUGCUGCUUGGCUUGCCCUCAAUCAGCCAUAGACACAACACAAACGCAGGAAAUGCCUUAUUGGACUAUUGGCCGCUGUACUGCGCACUGGGCUUUUCUUGAGGCCCUGUGCUCUCCUCUCUUCUGUUCUCCAGGGUGACUUUGAAAGACUGGGGAUUGAACACAAAUUGCAUAUUUUUGUAUUUAAGAGUCUCGUUGCACCGUUUCAUAGGUGCAGCAGUGUAAGGUUUUUUUUUGUUUUUUGUUUUUUUUUUUUUAAUUAUUUUUAUAAAUUGACUACUUUUUUUCCUUAUUAUUUUCCUCCUUUUUUCUUUUUUUUUAUUCGGAUAAAUAAAAAAAAAAAAUCUAAUCCGGUGCGCUCAUGUUCCACCGCCACCUGCAACACUGGAUCCUGGCAUUGGCGUACCACAUCCGUGAUGUACUGCAGCUCUUGACUUAUUUAAGAGAAAAGUGUUUGAACAGAUGAAACUAGGAUCAUAUAAUGUCUUGAUAUCAUGCUAAGAGUGGAUUAAAGGGUCUCUCUUCAAAGCAGUCUGAAGGACUGGGGUUCACCUUCCAAAGUACCUCGUUUACAAUGUUUUCAUGUGACCACCCUGCCGACUUUUUCUGUAUGUAUUGUUUGUUUAUCUUUCCAUCAUGCUUGAAUUAUUUAAUUCUCUCAGCUGUAAAAUAAUCUGGAUUCUGUUUUGAGCAUCUGAAAAUGUCCCUUUCACAAAUUGUACUACUGUAAAUUAUUGUAUAAAAGUAAAUCAAAUGGGCUUUUUCUUCUCAGGCUUUUUGUUUUUUCUUUGAACUAGACGUUCCCUUUCCCCAUCAACUCAGGCUUUUUUUUGUCAGUUGUAUUGAUUUAACCGUUCAGUUUCUAUUUGACAGUUUAUCUAAAUAUGCUAUUUAGAAUGUAACUUGGGGAAUGGGGAAACUAUUCCAUUUGUGUAUUCCUGUAGAGCGACUCAUGUCUCUCUCCUUUUUGGUUAAUUCAGUUGUUAAUGUGUAAGUUUAGCAAAAAGCCUCACCAACUAUCAACUAGCUACACCAUGUCAUAAAAAAAGAACAGUGUGAGGGGUUGAUCAUAGCUAGAGGCACUUAUUUGACUUGAAUUAGGGUUUUUUUGUUUUGUUUUUUUGGUUUUUUUGGUUUUUUUGGUAAUGAAAUUCAACCUUUUCUCCUUUUUUAUAUAUAUAAAUGUAGGCAAUAACGUAAAAUCUUCUAUGCAGCCCAAGUGUAUUUCUGGUGAACGGCCCGAUCAAGUCAAAAAUGCUGUUACAGUACACACUGUAUAUAGAUCUCCUCUAUAUUUCAAAUCAAAUUUACACUGAAUGCAUGGAUUUUUAAAAAUAAUUGUUUUAUAUAAUUGUUUAUAAAGUCAUUAAACUCAGAUCACUGUU